CUGUGCAUGGGCAUCGUAGAAUACGAGUUUUGCAAAAAGCUUGUGUGGUUGCGAUGACUAAGUGUCUCAGUGGUUGGCCAAGAACGAUGCUUAAAUGAACGUGGUGUGUAAGGCAGAGUACGAGAUGUUAAUAACCGGGUUAGCACCCUAUUCUUUUGCCUAUUUCCGUCAAGUCAACUCUUCUUCUAGAAGUGUACGAGUAUCAAUCAGGACACAAUUCUACCAAUACGAAGCAGAGGCGGCUGUGUGGCUUUCUGUGGUUCUCAGAAGGAACCAACCGGACAAUGUUGCUAAAUUUAUCACUCAAUAUCGGCUAAGAAGCGAAUGGUCAUUGGAUGGUGGCAAGUCACAACUGCGAAUGAGUCGACUUUGGUCUUACUUUUCUCUUUUGUUCUUUUUUGCCCCCGAAUCUUUUUUUUUUUUUUUUCCUUUUCCAAGUGGGACUUGCUGGGAUCCUUGACAAGCUGAUAAAGGGUGCGUGGAUGCUUGUGCCUGUCCUUUGCCUGGGAAAAUGGGUCCAAGACUCUGCGAGCACAGAUUCAGGGGAUUUUGGUGUCAUCCU